AUGCCGCGCGCGACUCCCCGUUCUCUUUCUUUGCAAGCUCGCUUGUUCUUGUGCUGCCUUGUCUGCUGUCCUUUGAUCCCCUGUGUUGCCCCUCUCUACUUCAACAUAAGCAGCUUCGACACGGAUAGGAGGGACAUAUUGUACGAGGGAGUUUCGGAGGCCACGUAUGGACAUGUCGAUCUCACCACCCUCCAUCCUCCGCAUCUCUACCAAAUUGGGCGGAUUAAGUACGCCAAGCCUGUCCGCAUAUGGGAUCCUGUCACGAGGCGCCAAGCGAACUUCUCAACCUGUUUCUCGUUCACCAUCGAGACUGACGGCUCUGCUAAUUACAGUGAUGGCAUCGCCUUCUUCCUCGCUCCUGUCGGGAUCCCGAUCCCACCCAACUCAGCUGGACAAUUCCUGGGAUUGUUCAACGGUAGCACGGCUAAUGAGGGGCCUCGGAACCAGAUUGUUAUGGUCGAGUUCGACACCUAUGUGAACUGGGAGUAUGAUCCUCCAGUGCAUCACAUAGGAAUCAAUCAGAACUGGCUCUCGUCGCUCAUUUAUGCCCGCUGGGAUCCCGGAUCGCACAGCGGGAAAGCGGUCAAUGUUAACGUGACCUACAAUUCUGUGAGCAAGAAACUCAGCGUGUUCUGGUCGUUCGACGGCAAACCGCUUUCCCACUCUAAGGCCCAUCAAUCACUUUCUUACCUUGUUGAUCUGGCAAGUGUCCUUCCUGAAUCUGCAGCGAUCGGGUUCUCAGCUUCUUUCGGCUACCAUCCAGAGAGACACAGCGUCAAUUCAUGGGAGUUCACUUCGGAUUUGGACGACGUAGAUGAACCUCGCCGGUUAUGGAUACUUGUCGUUGUUCCCACGGCAUGUUUUUUACUGGCGAUCUCCGCAAGGUCUUGCUUUUUGGCCGUCAAGUGGACGGAAAAGCAUGGUUAUAGCGCCCUUACCGACCUAGAUAAAGAGAUCGGCCCAUUGCCUACGAAGUUCACUUAUCAGGAGUUGCUCGUGGCGACCAAUGGCUUCGCAGACGAUAGAAGGCUGGGCCGAGGCGGGUCUGCCCAAGUCUAUAAAGGGUUCUUGAGCCAUUCGAACCGCCUGGUCGCCGUCAAAGGAUCUUUGCGGAGUCCCGACACUCCGAGAAGAAACCUGGUGCCGUUUGUUGGGUGGUGUCAAGAGGAAGGUGAGUUCUUGCUCGUCUACGAGUACAUGCCCAAUGGCAGCCUCGACCACCACCUCUUUGGGGCCCGGAGAAGCCUGCCGUGGGCUGUGCGAUACGGCGUGGCGCUCGGCCUGGCAUCCGCCCUUAACUACCUCCACGAGGAGCUCGAGCAAUGGGUUCUCCACCGGGACAUAAAGGCAGCCAACGUGCUGCUCGACACCAACUUCACAACCAAGCUCGGCGACUUCGGAGUGGCCAAGCUCAUUGACCCCCAGUUCAGGUCUCAGACAACAGACGUGGUUGGGACUUGCGGGUACCUGGCGCCAGAGUACUUCAUUAGUGGGAAGGCCACGAAGGAGUCCGACAUGUUCAGCUUCGGCGUGGUGGCCCUGGAGAUUGCGUGCGGCCGGAGGGGCUAUAAGGACGGAGAGGUCUGGGUCGCGUUGCACAAGUGGGUCUGGGAACUCUACCUCGCCAGCAACAUCCUCGGCGCUGCCGACGAGGCCUUGGGCUCAGGGUUCCGGAGGGAGGAAAUGGAGUGCCUGAUGAGGGUGGGGCUGUGGUGCGUGCACCCCGACCCUGCGAGAAGACCAAAGGCGGGGCAAGUGAUCAGGUUCCUCCAGCUGGAGGACUCAGUCCCCGAGCUGCCGCACGACGCGUUCAACGGUCCAGUUUCACACCGGCCAUCGGCUUCGCAAUUAGGGAUACUGGAAUCUCCAUCUGCUCCUCCUAUUCAAGAAUCUGUGUUUAGGAAGCUAGACAAAUCCUGUCUCCUAAAGACAUACGGCAACACAUGCUGA